AUGCACGCGACUCGGAGCAAGGUGUCCGAAUCCGCUGGCUCAGAGCAAACCGAAACACCUUGUCCGACAUCCAUUGAGGUCAACAACACCUCCCCCGGUGACAUCCGCUACUACCGUCUGGACCUUGGUGGGUUCACGGAGUCCGUCCUCAUCGUUGUUGAAACCAGCAAUGGCGCAACUGAUCUGUACGUGUCGACCAACCCCAACCCUGGUCCAGUCAACUAUGACUAUGCUGUGGAGCACGACGACGCAAUCAAGGCAGUGCUGGUGGACAACACUGGCAACGAGGACUACUACGUGAGCGUGCGCAGCCGCUACACCAUCUACGUCGGCACUGACGAGAACGUUGCAGGCACUCCCAUCUUCACGCUGCCGCCGCUCCGCAGCUUCGACGUUGUGCCGUCGUUCACGUUUGACCUGUUUGGGCCGGGUGAGGACAAGUUUGUGCUCCUCAACGACAGCGAGGUGGUGCUCAUGGCCCCGCUCGAGUUUGGCAAGCGUCACGUGAUCGCCAUUGAGGGAAUCGACGAAGCCAACAAUCUCGCUGGCGGCAUUGCCCUCAACAUCAUCUACAACGAGAUGCCGUGGACGGCCAGCGCCAAACAAUGGCUUCGAGUACCAGAUCAACUGCCUGAAGAAGCUCAACUGGAGAACAACUUGCUCGCCGAGCUCGCCCUCAACACCACCCUUGGCUCUGGUCUGCAUCAAGCCUGGCUUGGUGGCCACUUCCCGCCUGUGUUCGCCUGGACCGACGGCUCUGCCGCCACCGACUUUGGCUUCCCGUGGAGCGUCGAGGACAACGACCCACACGCGCACUGCCGCUUCAAUUGCCUUGCUCUCAAAUUCAAGGACAAGAAGACGACGCCCGCUAGCGAGUGGAAGGGCCUCCGCUGCGGCCGUAAGCGUGCGUACAUCUGCAAGCGCCCCACCGCUGCGUGA